AUGAGACAGCCUGAUACUCAGUCUGAUGUUCUUAAUCAAUUCAUGACUGAAACGCGGUCUUCUAUUAGAAAUUUGGAGAACCAGAUUCAGAAAUUGGCUACUCUUAUGGCCAACCGUGCUCAAGGUAACCUUCCUAGCACCACUGAAGUCAAUCCAAAAGAAGAGUGCCAGGCUAUUACAUUGAGAAGUGGGAAGAAAUAUGAAGAGCCAAGUGUGGAGCAGUCAAAUGAAGACAAGGUUCAGGAUCAACAAGCACAGGGCACAGUGGAAAAGAAGCAAGGUGAAAACAAGGUUACUGAAUACCUCCCAACCAAAGAAGCUACUCCACAAGUGAGCAUAGAUCACCACAUUAAGAUUCCCUACCCACAAAGGCUCCGCAAGAACAACCUUGAUAAGCAAUUCUCAAAGUUCCUUGAAAUAUUCAAGAAACUACAUAUCAAUAUCCCAUUUGGGGAGGCCUUGGAGCAAAUGCCAAGGUAUAUUAAAUUCAUGAAGGAUAUUUUGGUCAAGAAAAGGAAGUUGGAGGAAUAUGAGACAGUGGCACUUACUGAGGAGUGCAGUGCAAUCUUGUAG